AUGGCCGACGCUCCCUUCGAGUUCUUGCCCUUGGGUGCCAUUCUCCAGUCUUUCAAGGUUAAGGGCGUCAAUAUCGUUCAGGGCUUCCCGACCCAGGAGCUCUACGAGCAGCACAACUCGCCCUACUUCGGCGUCACCGUCGGCCGUGUCGCGAACCGCCUCGACUCGGCCCAAAUCAAGUCGCUCAACGGCGGAAAGACGUACAAGCUUGCCGCCAACGACGAGGGCAACAACCUGCACGGCGGUCUUAAGCCCUGGAGCUCCCUCGUUUGGGAUGGCCCCAAGCCCGUGGGCGUGCGCGAAAUCCCCGGCGUCGAGGGUCUCGAGGGUGGCGAGAGCGUCGAGUUCUCGCUCACCAGCCCCGACGGCGACGAGGGCUUCCCCGGCACCGUCAAGGCCAAGGUCGUCUACACGGCUGGCACGCAAAAGGUCGACGGCAAAGAGAUUUCCGUCCUGGGCAUCGAGUACGAGGCGCAGCUCGUUGACGGCGCCGACGAGACGGCCAUUAACAUGACGAACCACUCGUAUUUCAAUCUCACGGGCGAUGAGACCUUCGCCGGCACCAUGGCGACGCUGGCGACCAACUCGCACCUCCCCCGCAAGAACGGUAUCCCCACGGGCGGACCCGUGCCGUUUCCCGGCAUCGAGGGCGGCAAGCCGUUCGAGCUGGGCGUCGAGGGUCCCGAGGUGGACGACUGCUUCGUCGUCACGGAGAAGCCCGGGUCGGUGCCCAUCGACACGCGCAAGGAGGCGCUAAAGCUGCACGUGCACGCGAGGCACCCCAAGAACGGGAUCAACCUCGAGGUGCUCAGCACGGAGCCUGCGUUUCAGUUCUACACAGGCAACGGCAUCAACGUCCCGGCUGUCGAGGGCGCGCCGGCGCGGGGCAAGAGAAGUGGGUUCUGCGUUGAGCCCAGCCGGUGGGUGAACGCGAUCAAUGUCCCCGAGUGGAAAGACCAGAUGCUGUUGAAGAAGGGGGAGACAUACGGUACGCGUAUCGUGUACAAGGCCUGGAGCGAGUAG